AGACUACAUAAAGAGAAGAAGAACAAAGGGAAAAGGGAAGAAGAUGCCGGACGGAAUAAUAAUUAUCAACCCAAGCCCAGCCGAACACAUUCACAAGCACCGUCUCGUCUCUUCGAAGGAUCAUACCUGAGUCCAUCUUCUCUGUUUGGAAAUUUUGUCUAUUCAAUCUUCGCUGCCGUCCACGAAAUCUUGAUAUAUCUUCUUCUGAUCCCUGAUGGGUCGCCAAGGACCUGGCCUCAAAACCCCGACAACACUAAUUUUCUUCCUUUCUUAGGGUUUCAAAACACUGCAGGGAAACAUGCAACUGACUCUGGAAUUCGGUGGGGGAUUAGAACUCCUUUGUGAAUCUAAAAAGAUUCAUAAAGUCGAUGUUGAGACUCAAAAUGGAGUAGAAAAGUUAACUAUGGAAGAUUUGCUUACUUGGGUGCGUACCAAUUUGAUCAAGGAAAGACCUGAGAUGUUUAUGAAAGGAGACACUGUGAGACCUGGUGUUCUAGUCCUCGUGAAUGACUGUGAUUGGGAGCUGAGUGGCCAACUCAACACCACACUUGAAGAGAAGGAUGUAGUCGUCUUUAUUUCAACCCUACACGGGGGGUAGUGUCUGAAGUUAUUGUUUCAUCUUUUUGGAAUAAAGAUAAUAUACUAUGUUUUAUAGCAGUACGCCUAUGCUUGUAAGAGUGAUUUUGCCUUUGCCUGUCAGCUAAGUGACAUCUUGUUCAUGUUGGUUGGUUUUUGGGCAUGAUUUGUUCCGUUAAUAAUAUUCUAUAUAUUUGAAAAAUCAGCCAAGUUUCGUGUUCUUUA